AGCUUGACUCGAGACCCUCAAGACAUGAUAUCACCGGGUCAAAGCGGAGCUCGAUGUGAUGCUGCGUGGCUGGCUUGACAUUGUUAGAAUCAACCAAUGGCGACGGCUGAGUACAAGCACUCGAUUUUAUGGCGCGGAGAGGACCCGACCAAAACAAGAUUCAAGCCAGCUUAUGAUGGGUCCAAAAAAGUCACUAGGUAUCGCCGAGGACAGGCACCAGAAUGGGCCGAAGAGGGAAAGAAAGUGCAGAAGCGUCAAGAAAAACCAGAAGAAGACCUGCGGAAGGCCAAACGACGACGACAAGCUGCCGCCGUGGUCCUCGAGGCAGACAGUGCUAGCAGCCGGUUAGCUCGAUUGCAGCGGUCUGAGACAGGGGAAGAAAGAAAGGGUGAGACCGGCACAGAGAGGCUGUUGCGACACCGUCAAAUUGAAGAAGCAGUUAUUCUUGAAGCCGAACCAAAAGAUGAAGCAGAUGUCACCGAGGAGAAGAAAGAGGUCUUGAAAGAGGAGUUGGACUUAGAUUUGAAGCCUGGGGUGGCGGAGUUGAGUUUCGAGAUCAACGAAGAGGAUGAGGAUUUGGAAAUUCGACAACUUCGCCGAGAAAAGAUGCGGGAGAAGGCUUUGUCGAAGCGGAAAAUUGAAGAGGACGUCUUGAAGGUGGAACUGGAAGAAGAGCAGGAGGAAGUUGCAGAGGAGAGCGAGUACGAAUCUGAAUCUGAAGAAGAUGACCCAAGGCGUGGUCCCUUGAUGAAACCAGUCUUCGUGUCGAAGGCGAAUAGAGAAACUGUCCGGGAGAAGGAGAUGAUAGAAAAGGAGGAGGAAGAUGCUCGGAGAAAGAAGGAAGUCCGCGCACUUGAACGAAAGGCAGAGUCCAAAGUUUUACUCAUCGAUAAGAUUCAGGAGGAAGCCGAGGCUGAACGACUUGCAGCAGAAGAGGAUGAUCGUUCUGACAUCGAGCUGCUGGAUGAUGACGAUGAGAAGAACGAAGCAGAAGAGUACGAGCUUUGGAAGAUCCGUGAGCUGAAAAGAAUCAAGCGAGAUAAGGAGGAGCGCUUGCAAAGACAAAAAGAGAUUGAGUUUGUCCUCAAGCGAAGGCAAAUGACUGAUGAAGAGCGAGCCAAAGAUGAUGCAAGGCUUGAUGCAGCGAAUCCCAAAAGGGCUGAUGUGAAGCAGUUCAACUUCCUGCAGAAGUACUAUCACCGUGGUGGCUUCUUCCAGGACAAAGCAGCAUCAGGGGAAGAAGCGCUCUAUUUGCGCGACUACCAUGAACCGCUUGAAGAAGAGAAGUACGACAAGAACCUUUUGCCCAAAGCAAUGCAGUUGAGAAGAGGAGAAUUCGGCAAAAAGGGGCAGGUAAAGCACUCACAUUUGACGGAUGUUGACACCACAGACAUGUCUGCGGCAUGGUCUCAAAGCUCCAAAGUAGUUCAGAGGUACCAGGAGAAGAUGGCGGCAGCCAAAGGAGUAACAAACUUCGAGCGCCCAUCAAUGAAAAACAGGCUGCAGUGAAGCUCAGUGACUAGGUUGCUAGGCUAGCUACCUGUGGGCUGAAGGCGCCACAGUUG